CGGCCCAUUUUUCCUCGGCUGAGAGUUGUUUUGGUAUUUUUUGUAGCACAGUCGCCUUCAAAUCUUUGCACACAAACAGUUCUCCACCGGAUCCGCUCUUUCACUAAGCAUGAAUUAUCCACUUGUGAUUCUGCUCUGCGUGGGACUUUUAGACCAGACUGCAAGGGCCAUCCGUAUGGAUAAAAUAGCAGACAGCAAGCUCUGCAGUGAUGCAGAAUGUUCACAUAUUCUUAGCAUGACCAAGGCUUUGGAUGACUUCAUAGCUCCUGACUGCAGAUUCAUCAACAUCAAGAAGGGUCAGAUGGUUUAUGUAUACUCUAAGCUCAUACCAGCAGAGGGCAACGGAGUCUUCUGGUCUGGAAGCGCGUACAGUGAGCGGUAUGUGGACCAAAUGGGCAGAAUUGGAUAUUUCCCUGCAGUUGUAGUGAAAGAGACACAUGUGUUUACAGACAGCCCAGUUCAAAUGCCGACAACUGAUAUGGACUUCUACUGUGACUAAGACGAGGCAGACCAAGGCUUCUCAAGUAAUUUCAGUAAAACUGGCCUUCGUGAGAAAAGGGACAGUCGCUCUGUCAAGCACAUGUACAAGACAAUGUAACAUUACAUCCUGUGUUGCGUCCAGAUUGAAUCUUUGAGUUGCUCAUGCCUUAUAUCUCUGAUAUAUCUGCUCCUGACCCAGUCGUAUAUAUGUGUAUUGUUGAAGAUAUUUGCUUAAUUAAUGUUUUUCAGUAUUAAUCCAAUUAAUCCAAUACUGCUUUAACUGUUCAGGAUAAACGGUUACAAUCUCACUGCACGUUUCUGAUAGCUUUCUUUUCAUCAUAUUCAGUAAAACAUGAUUAAACGAAUAAUGGUGUUACCUCCUUAUUUGACUAACAAUGUUUGAUGGUUUCAUGGGAGACAUUUAUUGGAAUGGAAGAUUCAAAGCCUCCCAUAUGCUUUGAAUCAAGCUAAAGCAUCAGGGAUGAAACUUUGGUAGUUUGGCACUUUAGAGCAGAUGUGUAAGACUUUGUUUUAUCCCGGGCCAAAUCAGUUUUAGUGUCAAAGGGCUGAUUUUACAGCAACUGCAAGACUACUUAAAUGUAUAAUUUUUUUUCUUUUUAAAACGAUAUUAUAUAUAGUCUGGGUAUUACCUAAAUCUCCUAAACCUCUGCAUUUAGCUCAUAAUAAUAUAUAAUAAUGCAUUACAAUUGUAGAGGUGUGGCAAAGAUUUGACUGACAAAUUUGCUUUCAGGCCACUAAAAAACAAUAUACUGCAUAUAUACUGUCUAUUAAGCAUUAGCUUUUGUUUCUAUUUUAUCUUUAAAUAACUUCCCUCUUCAUAA